GGCGAACCUCGAGCCCCGAGCCGCGAGCCUCCUCGGAGCUCCAGGACUGCCAGGAGCGCGUGGCCUUCCGCUACGAGUGUGGCACCCCCGCCGACGCGGGCGGCGAGGCCGGUGGCGCGGAGGCGUGCGGGGGCUCGCCGGUGGUGGCGGGCGACGCGGGGUGGCAGGCGGAGACCAGGCGGGAGACGUGGUUGCAGUGGAGCGCGAUAUUGUUCGCCAUGGUCGCAGUAUGGUGGACAGCUGCGGUGUGCGUCACCCUCAUCAUCAAGGAGAUCGUGGGCUCCCAUGCCAAGAAUCGCAGGCUGGGACCGUUCCCGUACCCCUUCGCGCUCACCGCCCUCACCAACGCGAUCGUGGCCCCGGCCGCCUGGGUCGCGGCGCGGUGGGCCAGCCCGCGCUUCGCAACGAGCCGCCGCCGCCGCGCAUGGAGUGGAACGAGGUCCGAAAGCUCGUCGUGAUCGGGUGUCUGCAGGGCGUGGAGCUCGGCUGCAACAACAAGGCGAUCGAGUUCCUGCCCGUGUCGAUGAAGGUCAUGUUCCACUCGAUGUUCGUGCUCUUCGUCAUGGUGUCCGCCCGCGCCUACGGGCUCGAGAGGCUCGACGCCCCCAGGCUGACCGCGGCGGUCCUGAUCCUGUGCGGCGGCGUGCUCCAGGGCUGGAGCGUGGAGCGGCGUGACGCCGCGGGUGCGGCGUCGCGCUCGAUGGAGGCCCAGCACCUCCACGGCGCGCUGCUGAUGCUGGGCGCGAUGCUGCUCGGGUCGCAGCGGUGGGCGCUCAUCCAGAUUGUGAUGCAGCGGUCCCCUGCCUCCUCGGCCCUGGGCCACCUGACGAAGCUGCAGUUCGUCUCGCGGGUCCUCCCCGUGUCCGGGUUCGUGUGCCUGCUGCUCGCCGUCAUCUGGGAGCAGCCCGCCUUCGCGCCGUCGGCCCUGGCGCAGCCAACUCUGCGCAGCGGCGUGCCUGGCGUGGCCCUCUGCAUCGUGCUGCUCACGAUCACGGAGCUGGGCGUGGUGCGGCGGACGUCGGCGGUGGCGCUGCAGGUCCUCGCGACGCUGCACCAGAUCCCGAUCGCCUUCAUCGGGGCCGCCGUGUUCCACGAGACCGUCGGGCCCCUCAGCCUCGCCGGCUUCGGCCUCUGCGUGCUGGCCGCGCUCGUGUACGCGUUGGCGCGCAGGCGCGAGCGCGAGGAGGAAGCCUGCGAGGGCGAGGCGCCCGGCGGCCAGCGCGCGGGCAGCGGGCCCGCGGGCGGGGAGCUGGAGCUGCGCGAGGAGGGGCCGCAGCCACUGCCCGACCGCGCGGGCCCGCGCGAGGGCGAGGACGCCGAGGACGGCCCCUUCGGCGCCGGCGGCCGCCUCGGCGCCGCGCGCGCCCCUGGGCGACACCCAGACGACCUUGACCCGGACGAGGACGGGCCCUUCGGCGCCGGCCCCC